AUUAGCAUUAGGGUAUGGAUUGGGGGCAGAGAUCAUGGCGGAGCAGCAGCUGUUUUCUGGAGUUCAGCGGCGGAGACGGUGGCAACUGUGGUGGCUGAGGAGCAAAAUACUACCUUUCAAGUUGGUGUUAUUCUUGAUGCAAAUUCCACAAAUGGACGCAUAGGCAACACCAGCUUGUCUUUAGCGCUCUCCGAUUUUUAUUCAGUUAAUUCAAAUUCUUCGACACGAAUUGUGCUUCAUCCAAGGGAUUCAAGAGGACUAGUCACCGAUGCUGCAGCUAGUGCUCUCGAUUUGUUGAAGGAUGUACAAGUUGAUGCCAUAAUUGGUCCUCAAAAAUCAGCACAAGCAAACUUUGUGAUUGGUCUUGGAGAUGCAGCCAAAGUGCCAGUCAUUUCUUUCAAAGCAACAAGUCCUUCUCUCCGUCCUCAGACUCCGUAUUUUAUUCAAACGGCAAUUAGUGAUGCUGCUCAAGUUGAUGCUGUUGCCGCCAUAGUUAAGUAUUUUGGAUGGUAUCAAGUUAUUCUGAUAUAUGAAGAUUCAGAUUAUGGUAAUGGCAUUAUACCUUACCUUUCUAAUGCAUUUCAACAAGUAAACGCUCGAGUUUCAUACAGAAGUGUUAUCCCAUUAAUCUUGGAAAAUAAUUCCAUCCUUGAUCAAGAGCUAGACAAGAUGAAAAAUAUGCAGACAAGGGUGUUUGUGGUGCAUACUACAACCCUUCUUGCUUCUCAAAUCUUCCUCAAAGCAAAGGAAGCGGGAAUGAUGGGUGAAGGCUAUGUCUGGAUAGUGACCACCAGUAUCAUGAAUUUGUUUUAUUCGCUGAAUUCAAGUGUUCAAGAGUCUAUGCAAGGAGUUCUUGGUGUGAAGCCUCAGGUUCCAGAAUCAAGUAAAUUCAGUUCCACCACUCUAAGGUUGAAGAAGAAGUUUGCAGAUGACUAUCCAAAUAAUACUGAUCCAUCACCAGAGAUGAAUCUUUAUGGCCUUUGGGCUUAUGAUACUUUGUGGGCAUUGGCUAUGGCUGCCGAAAAAACUGGAUUCAGGGAGCAGCCGAAUUCUUUGCAGAACAUGAGUUCUCUUAACUCAACCAACAUAUUUACUACUGGAACAUCACAAACAGGUCCGAAACUUCUAAGAGCAGUGCUGGAUACCAACUUUACAGGACUUGCUGGGAAUUUCAAUUUGGUUAAUGGGCAAUUAAAUUCAUCAUCUUUUCAAAUAUUGAAUAUAGACGGACAGGAGCUGAGACUAGUUGGGACAUGGACACCGUUAUUGCAAAGUUCAAGUCAAAGGAAUGGGAAUAAGACGGGGUUUUUCGGUGAUAAAUUGGACAUAAUUACAUGGCCUGGAAACUCAAGGAAUGUACCAAAGGGAUGGGAGGUCUCACCAAGUGGUAAAAAGCUUAAAGUUGGAGUUCCAGCUGUAGCUGGUUUUCCAGAGUUUGUAAAUACAACUAACGCUGCCAACAUCACUGGAUUGUACAUAGAGUUGUUUGAAUCUGUCAUGGCAGCACUACCGUACACAGUCCAAUACGGAUAUGAACUGUUUGAAAUAUCAAAUGCCUCAAGUGCGGGGAGCUACGAUAGUUUCUCCUACCAAGUUUUUCAUGGGAAGUAUGAUGCUGUUGUUGGAGACAUAACUAUCACAGCCAAGAGAUCGGAAUAUCUCGACUUCACUCUUCCAAUUGACCAAGGUGGGAUUACCAUGAUACAAAAAAUUCGACAUGAUGGCAAACCCCAUGAUGAAAGUUUCUUCGUUAAGCCCCUCAGAAAACAACUAUGGUUAACGGCCAUAGCCCUGUUCAUUUUUACUGGAAUAGCUCUAUGGAUUCUUGAACAUAGGUUUAACAAAGAUUUCAGAGGUCCUCCUUCAGAACACCUCGGCCUCAUCUUUUACAUCCCCUUCAUGUCAUUAGUAUAUUCCAACAGGGAAAGAAUUGUGAGCAAUUUAGCCCGACUGGUUUUAGUUGUGUGGGUAUUUGUUGUCCUGAUAUUGAACUCCACUUACACUGCAAGUCUUUCGGCAAGAUUCACAAUUGACAAGCUCAGUCAGAACGCUGAUAUAGAUGUAAACGUGCUUAUUAGCAACGGAGACGAUGUUGGAUGCCGUGAAGGCUCUUUUGUCGUUGAUUUCUUGAAAGGGCUGGGAUUCCACGAAUCCAAUAUCAGGGAAUAUAAAAGUGGGGAGGAUUUUCAUAAUGCCUUGUCUAAAGAUGAGAUAAAGGUGAUGUUUACUCGCACUCCUUACGCCAAUCUCUUCUUGUCCAAGUACUGUAAAAACAAGACGUACAUGAGAGUUGGCUCACCUUAUAUUACCGAGGGCGUUGCCUUUGUAUUCCCCAAGGGGUCACCACUAGUUGCCGAUGUCUCUCGCACAAUCAUCAAACUGACAGACAUUCACAAUAUUUCAAAAAUAUAUGAGCAUUGGAUAAAUUCGACAUGUAAAGAAUAUAAUCCCUCUAAAGACUCGUGGACAAGUGUCAAAUUGAAAUCCUUCAAACUCCUGUUUGCAAUAACAGGUGGAAUCACAGGGACUUGCCUUGUGGUAUUUCUAGUGUCCUAUCUCUACAAUAACAGAGAUUUUGUUCGGAGGAUCUCAAACUCCGGCACCACAACUUGGUCAAAAUUACGCGCAAUUUUCAAGCAUUUCGAUCAAAGAGACCCCAAAUCUUUUCGGUCUAAACAAGAAGUCGAAAACGCACCACCAAACCUAAAUGUACGUUCUAACGCAGAUCAAGAAACGCCAAGUGAAAAUGCAGCUUCUCAUCCAUCAAAUUCAGUUCAGCCUGAAAGCAUCAGAGUGGUGUAGUUUGUUUUUACAUGAUGCUUUUUCGCUUUUCUUCUUCUUUGGUUCAAGAUUGUCUUUGCAUUACUGUAUUGUUACAUUCGAAGUCACUUCCGUUUGUGAAAUUAAGAUUACCGUGAGGUAUGUAUGUCGUCGUUUAACUUAUAUAUUCUAUAAUUUGUUGUUUCUUUUCUUCUCU